UAUACUCUUAUUUAUAGUAAUUUAAUGAGGAUUUAUCUCCGAGAUUCUUACUCAACAAUAUUCGAAACUUUAAAAUUAACGACUGUAUUUUCGGGAAGAAAAUAAAAACAAAAUUUAAAAAAUAAUGUAUUUUCUUUCCAUAUUGAUCCCCCAACACCUGCCUCUGGGUUAAUGAUAACUGCUUUGCUCUCUUCAUAACUGGCUACCUUUCUUUGGCUAGAAGAAGCGCCAUGCCCUCAACAAAGACACGAAGACAGGUAUCCAGCAAUAUUUCUGGCCGAGACCAAGUUAAGCCUGGCUUUUGGUAUAAAAGUGCGGGCCCAUCUGCAGUUGGACAUCAUUCAGCUUGAGCGUCUUGCGACAAGAGCUUGCCAAAGCAAAUCCAACGAACUUUUAAAGCCCAACCAACAAAUCAACAACAAUGAAACUCUUCGUCUUUGCUGUGUGCGCCAUUGCCUUGGCCUCCGCCGACGUUUCCCACCUUAACCUGGGCAGUGGUUACAGCUACAACAAGCCCACGCCGAUCUUCAACAUCCCCUCAGCCCCAGCCCCGGCUUAUCUGCCACCCGCCCAGGAGGUGAUAUCCGCGCCUGCUCCAGCUCCAGUGUACUCCGCACCAGCCCCAGCACCAGUCUACUCCGCACCAGCCCCAGCACCAGUCUACUCCGCUCCGGCACCCGCGCCUGUUUCGGAGUACCUGCCUCCUGUUCAGGACAUACCAGCUUCCGCCCCUGUAUACUCUGCUCCUGCGCCAGCUCCGGUCUUCUCUGCUCCUGCGCCAGCUCCGGUCUUCUCUGCUCCUGCGCCAGCUCCGGUCUACUCUGCUCCUGCGCCAGCUUCUGAGUACUUGCCUCCAGUCCAGGAUAUUCCGGCUCCGGCUCCUGUUUACUCCGCUCCUGCGCCUGCUCCUGUUUACUCGGCUCCAGCCCCAGCACCGGUGUACUCCGCUCCCGCACCCGCACCCGUUUCAGAGUACCUGCCUCCUGUUCAAGACAUCCCCGCUGCCGUACCUGUUUAUUCUGCUCCCGCUCCAGCUCCGGUCUAUUCUGCUCCUGCUCCAGCUCCUGAGUACUUGCCUCCAGUCCAGGACAUUCCGGCUCCGGCGCCCGCUCCAGUUUACUCUGCUCCUGCAACCGCUCCAGUUUACUCUGCUCCUGCACCAGCUCCAGUUUACUCUGCCCCAGCUCCAGCUCCAGUUUACUCUGCUCCUGCACCAGCUCCAGUUUACUCUGCUCCUGCACCAGCUCCAGUUUACUCUGCCCCAGCUCCAGCUCCUGUGGAGUCGGGCUACCAGUACAACGUGCCUGCCAAGCGCUUCCGCUUCUAAAUGGACAUCAGGUGUAUCCAAAAGAGCACCAGAGCCACUUGCAUGGUGACAGCUUGUUAAAUUAACAAGUGCGCCGCCCAUUGUUGUUGAAAAUUUGUUGUUACGCAAAGUUCCCGUUGAGAUUUUAGCUAAUAAAAAAAAUUAUAAAACAA